CACUAAGGUCCCAUCCCACUUGGGUGCGCACCCGGCCAGCCAGCCAGCCCGCCAGUCAGUCUUUACCUUCACUCCGCUCUGCCAUUGCGCGAUUACAUUCCUUCAACUUUUCCCGCGCUAGCCAACACCUUUUGAUUUCUUCAACAAAUUUGGGCAACGCAAGUACCUGGAGUACGCCUUGUCGCCGACGUCCUUCGACAAGAGGACGAGGGAGAAGUCUCGAGUUGGUACUUCAGGCUAUCAACAGAGUCACAAGUACACCGUGAUACCAUACUACCGACUUCGAAGGACAUCAAGCCAACAAUAUUUACAGUAUCUUCAACCCCAACCCAGUUCUUCCCUAUCCGAAAUUAGCGCCAAAAUCCUUCCGCGGGGAGCAACGACAGGUCGUGUCUCUUGAUUCCUGUCUCACUUUAUCCGCCAAUAACUUCGACCCUUGACCCCACCUCUUUCUACCAGCAUUCUGCCAAGCUGUGUCCAAAACAAGCCGCCCAAGAUGCCCCAGAAAAUCGCUUUCGCGCAGGACGUUAAGCUUCGUCCCAGAGCUCAGUCAGAACCGCUCGCUGACCGUUCCCCGACCCCCUUCCCGGACGAGAGACCGAGCAGCGCUACAACCACGAGCUCGAACAAGAUGUUUUCAUUGCGCAAUGGCCGUGGCCGCAACCACUCGGGUGCCAGCGAAAGCAGUCGUGGUACUUCUCUCUUCACGUCGAUAUCCGGCCGUUCGUCAUCGAAAUCUUCUGGUCGCCUCAAGAGAGCUUGGGACAAGAUUCUUAGUCGCUUGGGUUCCGGUUCGAAAACUCCCUGAAGCUAGAACACUAUACCGCGAGUGUUGUUCUUCGGUAUGGAAAGGAUCGGUAUGCUAGUACCGCCAUGGAUCAAAGUCGCAUAGGGAUUCCAAGAGCAGGAGUCUGAAUGGAAGGACAAGACUGGAACCUUUGGGCGGUGUAUUGCUUGCAUUCCUGCAGUAGAGCAAGUGGUUGCAACCCCUUUCUACCCAGCACGUACAGGACUCGGAGAUGUUUCAGAUCGUGGUCUGGACGAAGGUUCCCAUACUGGAUGGGUUAAUGGUAUCAAUAACAGUUAAUGAUGAUCACGGUUUGAUCAUAUCAUGGUCUAGAAGAGCCCGUAGGUCAGGCUGUUGUCCGAGACUGCACUGUUGCACGCAGUUUAUGUGGUGUGACAUUGGGCCAUGUAUAUACCACAUGAGGUUGUCGUUGCUUUGCUUGCUGGGUUCUUUUGUCGUGGAAGAGAUUUACGAUCUAGAUAUCGCACAUUGAGCCACAUCAUGCAACGGAGACUGGACUUGAAUAUGGCGGAGCAAUGUCCACCUCAGCAUUGGUUAUCUUCGUCUGAGUCUAUGUUGGCAUGCCAACGAAAAACUUGAUUCCACUCUCUUUUCGGCUCAACAACUUUACUAACAAGGGGUUCUAGAAGCAGUUUCAAGCAUGCUAUUUUCUUUCAAGCAGUGCGGUACCGACCACUAGCGAAUAGGAAGGAACUAUG